UCUCUGGUUCGAGUGUUCUAGUCCCCGCCCACAUAUUAACACCUCGUUAGAUUUUGUAAUAGCUGCACUUAGGGUGGAAUGCAGACAUAUUGUUCCUCUGUAUGCUGGGAGGCUUAUAAAUUUUGGAUCAACAGUCUUCUGAAUUCAGUCCUACUUUACAAGGCAGCCUUCGACCACCUUUCAGCCAUGACUAAAACAGCGUGUGGAAGUGUUAGUCCUGUCCUGGGAGAGGGACGAAAAUAUAAAAGACACACUAAAGGGACGUAUAUUGGACUUGUUGCAUAUGUUAUUCAAGAUUCUCCUAACAAGAUGCUGACCUUCAAACAGAUUAUGAAGAAAUUGGGCAUGUUUGUCACUGGGGAUAGAAAAGGUCUCGAAAACAACAUCAGAGUCUGUCUGUCAUCCAACAAGUGCUUUGUAAAGGUUCCAAUUGACCCAGAGUAUCCCAAUGCCAAGAGGAACUUUUGGAGAGUGGAUGAGAACAACAUCACCCCAAAGAUGCUGCGUCGUCAUUUCAGUGAUAUGGCUGAGCUCUUCCCAGGACUGCCACCAGCAUGGGACAGAAAACCAGCACCUCCACCAGUCAAGAUGGAGGACCGUCCGAUCAAAUUUACCGGCCCUUUUUCAAUCGAGUCACUCUUAAAGAAGGAUCAUCUCCCUCAGGUGCGGGUCAAUGCGCAACAAGCGGCUCCGACUGUGUCCAACAGUAACCUCUGCUUUCCAGAUCAGUUUUACUGCAGAACAGCCAGCGCAGAUUCACUGACAUGUUUAGACAGAGAGAACAGACAAGACAGCUUGUAUCACACGUACAGAUCAGUAGAAGAAGUUAGCUGGAGGAAGCCUGUAGAGAGGAUGGAUUUAUCUCCUGAGCUGCAUCAUGCACUGGUGUAUUCAUCACACUUUCCUUAUGAUCAGACUCUACUCACUAAUAAAGUGUGGAGCUCUCCACCAAACACUGACCAGCUCAGGUAUAUGAGAUGGUAAAUUCUGAGACUGGAACUGUAAAUAAAAUGGUGCACUUUGAGUGAAUGGGGUUAGAUGUACA